GGAUGUCUCCGAUGUCUGGGCCCUUGGUGACGUGGGAUUAGCCACAAGUAGACUGGGGAUAGCCAUGGGAAUCAUCAGCCUAGCCAGACCGGCAGGAAGGAAGGAGACACGGGUCAGAGACUGAAGGACUGACCUUCAUCAGGGCACCUUCCAGAUUAAGGUUUUCAGGUAUUAAACAGGCGGGACUUUUGAUUGUCGCUUCUGCGGACCUGGACGGGUUUUCCUGGGGAAAAUUUGUUGCCAUAAACCUUUGGUGCUCUCCCGUUGCUGUUGUGAACUUCCUCAGGCUGGCGAUUGCUCGUGCUUUGCAGAAGUUAUCUGCUCAGCAGCCAUGCAUCAUUUAUAACAAUCUCUGGCAAAACCUCAGAAAAAGAUACGCUCUUGUGUCAUCAGUGAGCCCAGUGAAAACACUCGCCGGGUGGCGGUGACUCCGGCAGGGGGGCAGCCUCGUGGAGCUUGCUUCUUGGAGGGAGUAUGGCACAGUUGGGAAGGAAGCAAGAGUCACAAGCCAAACAGGGACCCUGGUGAAACCAGAGAGGGGCUCCUGCAGCAUCAAGGGAAGCAGCUGGACUCGGGCUUCUCCGCGGGACCGUGGAUCUCUUCCCUCCGUCGUGGGGAGAGGAAAUGGCCCAUGAAGUGGACCUGGAGUCCUUCAAAGAGUUGGAACGGGAGGUCAUUCUCGGGGUCCUAUACCGAGAUCGGGCUGUUCAAAGCAUAGAGGAGGAAAGGGUCCGGAAAUUGAAAACACACCUGCAGCAUCUUCGGUGGAAAGGGGCGAAGAGCUCGAGCCAGGAAUACAGGGCCAAGUGCUGUGCACGCUGCCAGCGGGCUCUGGGUCUGCUGCUGAACCGUGGGGCCGUGUGCCAGGGCUGCAGCCACCGGGUGUGCUCCGAGUGCCGCGUGUUCCUGCGGAGGACUCACGCGUGGAAGUGCACAGUGUGCUUUGAGGACAGAAAUGUGAAAAUCAAAACUGGAGAAUGGUUCUUUGAGGAGCGAGCCAGGAAAUUUCCAACUGAAGGCAAACAUGAGACAGCUGGGGCGAAGCUCCUGCAAUCUUAUCAGAGGCUGAGCAAAAUCUCUGUGGUCCCUCCGACGCCACCACCGCUCAGCGAGAGCCAGUGCAGUGGAAGCCCUGGCAGGUUACAGGAACUUGGUCACUUCAGAGGAUUUAAUAAGUCCGUGGAAAACUUGUUUCUGUCUGUCACCACCCAGAUGAGAAAGCUCUCCAAGUCCCAGAAUGACAUGACUUCCGAGAAGCAUCUUCUCGCUAUGGACCCCAGGCAGUGUGUGGUCCACACGGAGAGGCGGAGCCAGUCUGACACAGCCGUCAAUGUCACUUCCAGGAAGGUCAGCUCACCCGAUAUUCUGAAAGCAUUCCAUCAAGAAGAUCCCAAACAACCUCCCAGUCCUGUCUUGAAGCAAGGUACUCUCCCGCCCAGUCCGACACACAGCGCUGUCUUCUCUGGAGGCCUGAGACACGGAAGCUUAAUUAGUAUUAACAGCACCUGCACGGAGAUGGGUAAUUUUGACAAGGCUAAUGUCACCGGAGAAAUUGAAUUUGCCAUUCGUUACUGCUUUAAAAGCCGUUCCUUAGAAAUACACAUCAAGACCUGUAAGAACCUUGCCUACGGAGAGGAGAAGAGGAGAAAGUGCAACCCGUACAUCAAGACCUACCUGCUGCCUGACAGGUCAUCCCAAGGAAAGCGCAAGACACAAGUCCAAAAGAACACUCCGGACCCAACUUUCGAGGAAACCUUGAAGUAUCAGGUAGACCUUGCCCAGCUGGUGACCCGGAGGCUGCAGGUCUCUGUGUGGCACCUAGGUACCUUUGCCCGGAGGGUGUUUCUUGGAGAAGUGAUCCUUCCUCUGGCCACCUGGGACUUUGAGGACAGUUCGACCCAGAAUGCCAGGUGGUAUCCACUUCGGGCCAAGGCUGAGAAAUAUGAAGAUAAUAUUCCUCAGAAUAAUGGAGAACUUGCUGUUCGAGCCAAACUGGUCCUUCCUGCAGGGCCAAAAAAUCUCCAGGAGGCCCAAGAAGGCACGGGAGGUCAGUUAUCGCUUAAUGGUCAACUUUGUUUGGUUGUGCUGGGAGCCAAGAAUUUACCCGUGCGUUCGGAUGGUACCUUAAACUCUUUUGUUAAGGGCUGCCUCACUCUGCCAGACCAGCAAAAGCUGCGUGUAAAGUCCCCAGUACUGAAGAAGCAGGCUUGUCCCCAAUGGAAGCACUCUUUCGUGUUCAAUGGUGUGAGCAGCUCUCAGCUGAGGCAGUCGAGCCUGGAGCUGACUGUUUGGGACCAGGCCAUCUUUGGCAUGAAUGACCGCCUGCUCGGGGGAGCCAGGCUUGGCUCAAGAGGCGCGGCGGGUUGUACGGACUCCUGCUCACAGUCCAAACUUCAAUGGCAGAAAGUCCUGUCCAGUCCCAACUUAUGGACAGACAUGACCCUCGUCCUGCACUGAGGUGAAGCCUGAGGCCGACAGAUCACGGUGGAAUCAGACCCACCGGGUCAGCAGUAACCGACGGCAGUUUUGUGGUUAUGGCCA